CCUUAAAUGAAAGACAGCUGUGUCUUAAGCUUACCUUCAUACUCAUCUCAUCCUUUGGAAAAUCAAUAUGGCUAACAAAAUGAAGUUAGUGAGACCAACAGCAGUCAAAGGACCGACAGUCAGAGUGGCGUUGAUUUUAGUUAAAAAGUAAGGGGGGAUUGCGAUGAUUUAUUAGGAAGGGAGCAAGAAGACAGAAGGGUCGAAAAAGAAAAUCAAUAAGGAGCAAGGGUAAAAUGGGAUGAAGAAUCAAGGCCAUUGGACUAGUCAGGAACAUCAAAUAUAUGUGGAGUUCUUGGAGUAGCAUCACAGCACAUCGAUGUAGAGUCAAUAAAAUCGAAAGAAUAACAAAAUCUUCAAACUGAUGUCACUAACAAUAGGAACCAGAUCUCCGUCGUAGUGUAGGUAAAAUAAAGUAUUAAGUAGGUCGCACCAUCAGAAAUUCAACCCUUAUACGGCAGCAGGGCAAAAGAGGAACAAGAGGAACAGAAGGAGAAUGUGCAAUUAAAAUGCAGACGGGGAGCUAAUGUUAAACCUGACAGUAAAGCCAGUGGUGCAAUACAACACUCCAAUGGUGAAACCCAUUUUAGGUAUGAUUAUGAAAAUACUCAAUAAGAUCAAUGCUAUGAUGAGUGUGAUGAUUACAUUUCAAACUAUGAGGAUUCGCGUCCUUAGUUACACAACUUUUGCUUCAACUCCAACAUCGAUAAUGAGUACGGGAACAGAUGGGAUCGUGAUUAGUACCUUUAUUGAACGGAGUCCAGCAUAACAUAUUC